CCAGCCGCGUGCGUGUGCCGUCGCUACAUGUGCAAUACAUAUCUCGUGACGUGCAGCAAAGCAUCAGCGAUCGCGCCGGUAGCACCUCGCCGCAUCUUUGCACCUGGCUCCGAUUUCUCUCCCCCUCGCGCAUUCCGACAAGGCCCUGACGUUGUUGACGUCAUUGGUGUCUUUUGGACCUUUCGGCCGGGUAUUCUCUAGAAUUCCCAGGGAAGUGUCGCCCCCGCGAACGUCAACGGGUCGCCUCCACGCAUUCUUCCGCGUCUCGAGACACGUUGCUCGAACGGAGGAAAGAUACCCCAGGCCGACUCGGUGAUUGGUGAACGUGCCUGAACGUAAAUGUCACGGACGUUGGUUUGACGCGGAGACGAGGGUUCUCGCUGGUUUUAAACGCAGUGGGAGGAAGACCGGCGAUGAAGAGACAGGCUGGGAAGUGAACGGAAGAGACCCGUGUCUCUAUUGUGAAACGAAGAAGAAAGAGCGAUUUCGAGGAAAAUCCACUCCGCGAGGGAAGAGCGGACUUAAUAGCAAAAUCGCGUCGCGAUUGUGUGUCGUUAGCGAAAGUACGGGGUCCUUUGUUCGCGCGGGAAGUUUCCGGCGAGCGCGCGCGUGUCUUACACACGGCGAUUCCAUUGUCGUCGAACAAUUGGACCAGCGUUGGGGUACGUCGUUCCAAGAGCGACGACCUUCUCCCGCGGGUGUGAUAACCGGCGAGAGACUCAAUCGGACGACUCGAUCUCGCGGUCGCGCUACUCCGUUCCGCGCGCGGGAUUCGCGGGAGUCGAUGUUAUGGUCGAACGGCCGCGCGUGGAGGAAUCGCUGUUAAACGUCGCGCCGGCGGUCGGGACGACAUCGGGUUUGCGUUGACCGGGAAUCGGCUCGUCAAGAUGGGCUCGAAGAUCGAGUACGUCGAGUCCUCGCACAUGUACGCGACCAAUUACAUCCGCAAUUCCAAGGCGAUCGGCGUGCUCUGGGGUAUAUUCACCAUAUGCUACGCCAUCAUCGGCGUCGUCGCGUUCGUCACCCCGGAAUGGCUCGGCGACCUCGAGCACGAGAAUCCCGGGAGAUUCGGCCUGUGGACCAGGUGCAGCUACGGCGGUAACGGUGAGCUAGGCGAGGAGUGUAUCGGCCGACUGGACGACCUGUCGAGCAUCGCCAACGUUCCUUUCCGAGCCAGCACGAUUCUAGUCGGCAUCGCGGUGAUAAUCGCGCUACUGGCGAUCUGCGCGAUGCUCAUGUUCUUCUUCUGCCAGAGCACCACCGUGUUCUACAUAUGCGCCUGGAUGCAAGUGGUGUCAGCGAUCUGCAUGGCGAUCGGAGUGUGCAUCUAUCCUCUCGGCUGGGACUCGCCGGCGAUCCGCGCGGUAUGCGGUGCAGCUGCGUCCAGAUACAAUCCCGGUGCCUGCGCUGUGAGAUGGGCGAUACCGCUCGCCGCAAUCGCGGCUCUAGACGCGGCCACCUUGUCCGCUCUUGCCUUCAUUUUGGCCUCUAGACACGUGAGGCUGCAACCGGAACCUUUCAACAACGGAUCCUUGUACAAAGGUGAAGUAAAUCCGGGCUAUGUGAACGAAGCCCAGAGCGUGGCCGGCUCCCGCAAGUCUCUAUCCUUGAGACCGGUUCUCCUAGUGGCUCCGCCCGAACAGGACCGCUACAGCGAGCUCUCCAGAGCAAAGUCGCACUCGCAUCACAGUCUCUACACACCAGCGCCGUCGCAUCCGGUGCAUACCAUGUCUACGAAUACUCUCAAUCAUUCGCAGCAUAACUUUCAGCUCUAAGACAUCAGAACAUUGCGAGCUAGCAUGUAUAUAGCCGACGAGAUACGAGGAGAAGCUGUAUUGUACAUAAGAUGAAACGGCGGGGUGUGAAACUUUGCUGGGAUAUGCGCGAUUUGAACGCAAUAGCUCAAGUCAUCGCUUUCGCGAUGUUAAGUUUCACAAGAUAUGGAAUUUCAUGACGACGAAACUACGUAUAAAACGGAUGCGAUUGACAGCUGUUUCAUUCAACGACUGAAUGUUUAUUAUGCGUGCCGUGAACAUUUCCACGUCUACGUGGUGUAUUAGUCUUAUUAUCGAUAUGUGCCGAAAAGGACUGUCUUCCUUGACUAUAUAUAUAUACGCAAUUAUUACGCGAGUAAUUAUUGCAAGGUAAAUAAAUAUUAUACAAGUUCUGUUAAAUAUGAAAUUAAAUUUCAUCUCAUUAUAUUAAUUUGUGGAAUAUUCCCUUUAUAUUAGGGAAAGUGAAACAUUUUUUUUUCAAUUCAAUUUUCUCUUAAUUCUACCUUUAGAAUCUCAUUG